AUGGCGCGCAUGCAGUGGGAGAGCGAGCUCCAGUGUCUUCAUCGGCAACGAUUUCUCCGCAAGGUGCUUGAGGACCAUGAGAAGAGGUUGGGCCAGGUGGAUCUGGAGGAAUUGGAACUGUUUUCUGCUCUCUACUUCAAUGUCAAGUUUCUCCAGUGCACAUACGACGGUCACCUCCUUGAACGCCUUCGUGCUUACGAACCUGAGCUCGGCACAUCCCACUCGAAGCAGAACGGCGAUAAAGAGGACAUGGUUGUCAGCUAG